AUGCCCCGAAACCACCUCAGACAUCCUCGGACGCCGCCACAUCGCUCCAAACGAGCCUUUGGGUCGGCAGAUCAAACGUCGCAGGCACCGAAGAGGAGUUGCGAAAAGCCUUUGAGGGAUACAACGUAUAGCAUGGCAAGGACAUCAAGGGAUUGGUUGAUGGGAUGGACGAUUGUGGAUCUUGCUUUCGAGGAGGAGAAGGAGGCAAUCAGAGCCACCGCAGAGAUGACAUUGGAAUGGGAUCGAUGA